AUGGGAAAACGUAAACACACCAAAGAGCAAAUCGAAAAUGUUAAGAAAAUUCUUCUUUUGUAUAAGAAUCAAGUAUUCAAAAAUGGAAAAGUUGUUUCCAAGAAUGACCAAAUUUGGCAUAAUAUGUCCAUAGAAACGUCGGAAAAUUUUACUCCGCUUGCUUUGUUUACAGUAGUUUCUAAAAACUAUUAUGAUUCUCAUUCAUUACUUUUCAAUAAUCAGGAACAUCAAUUAGAAAAAAAUAAUACCAAUGAGAACAUACCCUCAGACAGCUCUUAUCAGGAAAAUCAGAGUUCCACGACAGAUUCAAGUGAAUGUUCCACGAACAAUAGUAACGACUCAAGAUAUAGCUUUUUUGUAACUCUAAAUUAUUCCGAAUAUUUAAAUUUAAAUCCUCAUAUAACUAAAUACAAGAGAACUGAUAAAUACGAAAAAAAAACUAAUCUUAGAAAAAGUAAACAAAGAGCGUAUAUCUCCUUAGAACCAAAAUACUGGUCUAAUAUAUUACAUAAUAAAAUUGAGAAAGCCUUAAGAUCUCUAGGAUAUAAAUGCACAUUUAUUUUUAAAAGAUGUAAAAUUACUUUAUGUGGAAAAUAUUUUGCUACAAUAUAUGGCCUAUGUAAAGAGUGUAAGUCAGUUCUUUCAGGUUACAUUGAAACAGAACCAGGUGAAAAUGAGAACGUGACUAUUAUUUUUGAAUGUAUGGGCAAUUUUAGUAUUACACAUAAUAUUGCCAAACGACCGAUAUUUGGCAGUGAAAGAAAGAAGAUUGGUGAGGAACUAAUAACAACAAAUAUUGCUCCAUCUCAGUACAGGAGAUUACGUGCGGUUAAUGAGAUUCAAGAGGGCAUUGAAUCUUCAAGUUUACCUAAAUUAGAGGUUAUUCGAAAAAUCAAACAUGAAAGUCAGUCCGAAUUGCGGCUUAAUAAAGAUCCCAUAUUAGCAGUACAGAUAUUAAAAAACAACCCUGAUAUGAAAGGAUGCAUUAAAAAUAUUGGUUUGGAUCCUUUUUUUGUAUAUUUAUGGACCAAUACACAAUUGCACGUUUUUAAUAAAUAUUGCAAAGAAGACUAUGGAAUACUUUCCAUCGAUGCCACUGGUGGUAUUGUACGCAGUGCCACUAAGCCUUCUGGAGACAAAACAAAACAUAUAUUCCUAUAUGAAGGAACAAUACGACAUAAACAUUUAAAGAAGGAAAAUCAAUAUCCAGUCACUAGUAUGCUUAGUGAAGCGCAUAAUAGUGUUGCCAUAUAUACGUGGCUAGCACACUGGAUUAAAAAUGGUGCAGAAAAUCCAAAAGAAAUUGUCUGCGACAUGUCGCUAGCAUUACUCUAUGCUAUUAUUCUUGCAUUUACCAGCUGUAAAACAUUAGAACAGUACCUCCAAAUAUGCUUCGAAGCAAUAUUUUUCCAACAGCCUUUUAAUGAAAAGUGUUUUAUUCGGCUAGAUAUUGCUCACUUUCAAGCAACAGUUUCGCGAUUUUCUUGUAUGAAGAAACAACACCGUUUAACACGACAAUUUUAUUUAAGAGCUGUAGGGCAAUUAUGCCAAUGCACGAACGUCGAAGAUGUGCAAAACAUGCUAGAAGCUAUUUUCACAGUAGCUUAUAGUGAUACUGAAGGUAAAAGUUUGAUAACGGGAAUCAAUAUAAAAUGCGAGGAACACAAGCAAUGGCUUAUAAGGCGCUGUUCCAGUGGAACAACCGAAACAUUAGAUAUAGAGUUGAAAAUUGUAAAUAAUGAAAUGGAGCUAGAAAAUUUUAAGGAAAAAAUUAAAAGUCCAUUUGAGGAUUGGGCUCGAAACAUUGCUGUAAAAUGUAAAACUUUGGUAAACACACAAAAUGAAGUAGGCGAUCGAGGUAAUCAGCAAUGCCUACCAUUAUUUGUAAACGAAUUGUUGAAGUUACUAAAACUGUUGCCUCUCUGGUCGGCCAUAUUAAUACCCCAUUUUCCAAAAGCACAAGUAACAGCAUCUUCUUCCAUAUCAGAAAGCAAUUUUAAUCAUAUAAAAAAUAGAGUUUUCUCAAAUGUUACGCUUCCGGUCCGAAUAGAUGAAUUUAUUCCUACGUACAUCUUAUCAAAUUAUGGAGCUGUGCAGAUCGCAAAAGCUAGUAUUCAACAAAAAAAGGAUAUCGAUGAUAAGAUAUUACCUGCUGCAAUUUUAGAUGAAAACUGCAAAAAUAAUGACAAUAGCCAAGAUGAAGUAGACAAUGAAGAAAAGCCAAAACCAAAAUGUCCAUCGUGUGAGCUGAAACUGGCAGAAACGUCGAUUUGUUGUAAUUGCCAAAACCCAAUUCAUAAUCACCCUCUCUGUUCACAACAAAACUUCUGCAACCGGUGCUUUAAUAUGGAGCAAAAUCAAAUUGAAAAUUGGAAAGGAAAAGCCAUACCAACGAGAAAACGAACUUGUUAUUUAGAACCUCUAGCGGAACUGAUGUCUACAGACUUUUCAAAUACCAAAUUAGUACCGGUUGGGCUAUUAAGAAAUGGCCAUUUAAUGGAUCUUAAACCCAUUAAAAUAGGACAAGAAUGUGUUACAUUAUCAAAUACGUGCGGAUUUGACGCUGUAGUGCAAGUUCUCGCGUGUGCUUUCUGUGACAGCCAAACUUUUAAAGAUUUAUUAAUAUUGUUUUCAAAAAAUCAGAGCAAAAUAGCCACAAUUGUUUGUACUCUGGUAGAGCAAGGCAUUAAUAAAAAAAUUUACAGGCUCCGAGCUGAAUUGUGCUACAAAGUUUUUCCAAAAAAUGAAACACCUAAAAAUAUUGUUGCAAUAGAUGUACAAAUCCAAAUUUCCAAUUUAUUAAACGGAAUUUUAGAUUUUUACUCAGGGGUUAAAAGUAACUAUUGUCCAGCAUGUAAGGAUGUACAAAAUGAAUCUAUAACAUUUAUUGAGAUAGAAAUCACAAAUAUUUACAAUCUAGAAGCUCUCAUUAAUGAACAGGUUGCGCCGAACUAUUUUUUUCGGUGUCAUAAAGGUAUUUGUAAAGGGUACUUAAGGAGAAAAUUAGAUUUAAACCCUGUAUGUUUUUUUAUUGAGCCUAUAAAUACUGCUACCAGAAUGUGUGAAAUUCAAUGUAAACUUGAAGACAUUCCAAAAACAAUUUCUAUUGGUGAAAUUCAAUAUAUUUUACGUGGCUGCGUAGCCUAUACAGGGCCAGAUUUAGCUUUAGGACACUUUACUGCUUUUGCGAACAGACACAACAAUAUAUGGGAAGUGUACGAUGAUACACAUCAUAAAAGUGAAAAAUGUUCAAGGCAUCGUGAAGUGAAAAUUCAGACUCUUUUUUAUAGUAUUUAA